GCUUUAUACCACCACAGUUGUCAUAAAGGAAAGCGCUAUCUUAGACUUAACGAACGUUGUCUUGUGGGCAUCGUGUUUUCACGGUCACCUAGUCGCUUAACCAUCAAAAGACUACAGAGCACAAUAAUGACCUGGACAGUGUGGAUAACCUUGGUGUGCCUUCUUUAUUUUGAUGUUGCAGCGGGGCUACAUAGGCCGCGGCCACUAACUGAGCCACCUAGCCCUCGUGCGGGUACAGAGGUUCCCGAUCAUGCGUUACACUGUCGACUUACGGGGCACUCGUGUCACAAGGCCAUUGAAUGCUGCCAGGGAAAGCCGUGCAAGGACGGGAAGUGCCUGUAGGCUGCCUAAUUCAAGGGCAGUGACGUCCCGGAACGUACAAGGAGACCAGUGCCAUAACGGCACGCCUAUCGAAAAGAAAAAGAGCCAGCGAUUGAUACCACAGUCUGCGUUGCGGGAAAUACCUUUACAUGAUUUUAAGCACUAAGAAGCCAGGAUGGGCUCUUUUGGGAGGAUUCUAGCUCUGGCACUGGUGACAGCAGUUAUUGCUUAUUCAUCGGCUCACAAGUGUACCCUGACCGGCCGCUAUGGUCCAUACGAAGGAGAUUUUACCCGUGAAAUGCGCGUCAUGCAAAGACAGGUUCUGAGACGCCACAACCAUUAUCGCCGCUUACAUGGUGUUCCCAUCCUUCGACUGAACAAAAAGCUAAGCCGCAUCGCACAAGGUUGGGCUCAGCACUUGGCGGAUGCGAAGGAUUUGAAACAUCUUGACAGGGAAUACGGGGAGAACCUCUACGCCGGAACAAGUGGAGCGUCGAACGGUAAAGAGAUUGUAGACUACUGGUACUCCGAGAUCUGCAAAUACGACUACAAUAACCCUAAAAUCGAUGAUUCAACGGGGCAUUUCACCCACAUCGUAUGGAAAAGCGGCCGCCUCCUCGGCGUUGGGUUUGCUAAGGGCAGUGACGGUAUGGACUACGUAGCCUGCUUCUACAAGCCAAAGCAAAUCCCAGAAUAUGCAUCGACGAAUGUUCUCAGGCCGAUUAAUGGCAUCCCUAGGAAAUGCCGGGAUAUGGCACAUAAAUAAGGAUUAAGCGUGGGGCUCGUUACCCCAACAGCUACGAAAGAAUCGUUGCUUAAAUUUGAUGCAUCAUCGCACAUUUGUCCCACAAGUAGACUGGUUAUGCCUGUCAUUGCGAUCAAUGCUCGAGUGUAUUCUUCCUCAACGAAAGCAAUAAAGGCAUCACACUGCUUUGCUUUUCUAUUA